AUGUCAACGAAGACGGGAACAACUUUUGCCUUGUCGUUUUCUCCGUUUCACUUGCAUUAUAACCUGACUCUAACACUGAUUUUCACAUGGCAGUGGUUCACAAGUGGGAGCCCCGACAAGUUGCCAUCUGCUCAGUCUCACACGCAGGCAGCCCAGGGCAGGGAGAGCCCUAGGUACGCAAAGUACAGAAACAUCAACUGUAGCGAGAUCUAUGACACGUACGGCAGAUUAUUCGGCGACACUGGUGACUCAACCAAGUAUGCGUUGUCUCCAACCAAGCUGUUGCAGCAUGGCUUUGAUCUGGGAACAGAUAGCGAUAGGGAGUACGGAGAAGAUAUUCACAAUGGCAGUUCUACGCAAUCAAAUCUGACUGCCUCUCUGUCGGAAGACUCUAUUUCUUUCUCCAAGGUGGAUAUUAUCACACCGGCGCAGGAAAUGUUGGCUAAACAACUGACCUGCGUUAUAGCCCCAGGGAGAAGUCUUCUUGUUACUGGUCCAAAUGGGAGUGGAAAGAGUUCCAUCUUCAGAGUCCUUCGAGGCCUGUGGCCCGUGGUCAGUGGAAUACUCGUUAAACCACACCAACAGAUUAAUUCUGGAUCUGGGUGUGGUCUUUUCUAUGUGCCUCAGAGACCAUAUACAUGCUUGGGAACCCCAAGGGAUCAAAUCAUAUAUCCACUCUCCCUUGAUGAAGCAGAGAAAAGAGCAUUAGGUCACAAAUCUGUUGGCGUGACAGACAGUUUGGAUGCACACCUAAAAACUAUUUUGGAGAAUGUUAAGUUACUCUACCUUUUGGAAAGAGAAGGCGGAUGGGAUGCUAACCAGAACUGGGAAGAUAUUUUGUCUCUUGGGGAAAAACAGAGACUGGGCAUGGCACGACUAUUCUUUCACAAGCCCCAAUUUGGAAUCCUUGACAAGUGCACCAAUGCUACCAGUGUUGAUGUUGAAGAGCACCUUUAUAGCCUUGCUAAUAAUUCAGGAAUCACAGUUAUAACAUCCUCACAGUUUCUAGUUUUACCUCGUAGUGAUGAUUAUGGGCACGAGGAGGCCUAUUGUCUGAUUGUCUCAUUCACCAUUACGUUCAAUUCUUUUCUAUAA